AUGGCCCUCGUCCCUAAGCCUGUUACCCCUACGAAGCCAAAGCAAAGAGGAGGUCACGUGCACACCCCAUCCGCAUCAGAUGCUGCAGCAACACCAGCCACACCAGGCGCGUCUACGCCCCGAUACAAGCUACGGGCGCGCAAACCUCGAGAAGGCUCGCCAACGCCUACACCAUCGCGACGCAACAACGGCCCUAUAGCGCCUUUACCAUACGAAUUUCUCUACCAACAAAACAACAGCGGCCCCGAAAGCGCAAGGAAGCUUCGAAAUCGCACAAUGUCCAGCUCAGCGGGCAAAUGGCGCGAGGAGCAGGUCCUCAUCAUCUGCCCCGGCAGCCAAACUACCAUGGCUCAGCUGGGUUGCAGUGAGUUGACUCCUCCUGCGCGGCGCAUGCCCACCAGGAUGUUCAAGGAGGGCGAUCAGUGGGCUCCUUACUACAAGACCAAGCGCACAACUAUUGUUAAUGGCGUGGAGGAGGAUGAGUGGCUGGAGGAUGUUGACGAGGACGAGGGAGCUGUGUAUCCCAUUCAAGCUGGUCGCAUUGUCAACAUGAGCGCACUCCUCGCUUUCCUCGAUCAUGUCCAUGGUCUGCUUACAACUACAUAUCAUAACACUCCCAUCAUGCUCAUGGCUUCACCACAAUGGACCCGACCCGACUGCGAGACCAUUGCCCGAUACGUCUUCGAGAACACGAGAACGCCUGCGCUAUGUAUAAUUCACAGCGGAAUUGCUACACAGUACGGCCUUAAGUGGCCCAAUAUGACUGUAGUGGAUAUUGGUUAUGAAAAGGUCGAUGUUACGGCAAUCCACGAUGGACGAGUCGUGAACCAUAUGGAUGUCGGUGCAUCCGAGGCCGAGGAGGAAGUCAGUGGAGGCGAGGUCUUCACCCGAAGCUUGCUCAAGUUGUUAGAAGGCAAGGGUUUCAACCGCGACAUGGCUGAGCAGUUGAAGAAGAGCAACAUUUGCGAGGUCCUCCCUUACAACGGCGCUGAAGAUAAGUUGAUGGAGCUUCCAAAGGAGAACACUGCAGGUGCACCAACUGCUCAAUCGGCUCCUGCCCCUGCUGGCGAAGAAGCCGCUUCAAAAGCCCCUGAUGCGCCCAAACCCACAGAGAACGGAGACGAAGAAGGCAAUGGUAACGCCGAUGAUGAUGGUGUGCUAGAUGUAGCAGCCAUCGUUACUAGCGGCCAGACAAAGGAGUUUCUUGCUAAGAAGGAGAAAGAAAAGGAGAAGGGUAAGGCCGGUAGGAAGAAGGGUGAGAAGGAGGCUGAGAAUGCAGCUAAGGCCGCCCGCCUACCAAACUCCAAGAGAACCCACAACAGCUUUUCAUACGAGGAGAUUAUCCAGGAGGAGGUUGUUCCGGAGGUAAAGGAGAAAGAGACCACAGCGAACCCCACCAAUGGCACAACGGAAGCUCCCAAGCCUGAGGGCGAGACCAACGGCGCGCAACCUCCCCAAGCAGAGGGAGAGAACACCGCUGCGCCCACAACAGAGGAACCCAAGCCCGAAGAGCCUAAGCCAGCGGAUGCUCAAGAGCCAGCGCAGUCGAUAGAGCCUAAGCCUGAAGCUGAGCCCAAGCCCGAGGUCCAGCCCACCACUGAGAACCAGACACCUGAGAAGCGACCAAAGCGCAUCCGUCGAGAUGUCGAAGUCGGUCUUGAGCGUUUCACCUUUGCUCAACGCCAGGAGAUUGAUCGCAUUGUUAACACCAUCUACCGCACUGUUCAGGGCAUCGAUGACAUGUACAUGCGACCCCAAUGCUGGGACAACCUCGUCUUUGUCGGCAACGGUGCUCGUCUGCGCGGUCUCCGCGAGAACAUCCUUCAGACUCUCAACGCCCGCCAUCUCGUCUCCCCUUCCACCGCAACAAUGUUCACCUCAGAGUUGCCCUCCAACAUGGCCACGCCCACCGGCACAGGCGCCCAGACACCCACGGGCUCUUUCACCGGUGCGCCCCACCAGCUUUCUUCAAGCGGCGUGAACCCUCUUCUCCAGGCCGCCACCACGGCCGCUGCUGCUGGUAACACCGGCACUGGCAUGGUCGGCACGCCGCAGCCUGCCGGAUCCGAGGUCGGAGGACCUACCGUCACUCACCACUUCCACAGCCAGACUCCCACAAGCAUUAAGACUGCUGCUCUGCCUACAUAUCUGAGCGAGUGGACCAAGAACGGCUUUGAGGAGAGCAUGUUCCUUGGCGCCCAGGUCGCCGCGCGUAUUGCAUUCUGCAUACACUCCAACAUGGAUGCCCAGACCAUUGAGGCCCAACGGCUUAUGAGUUUGAGCAGAGUAGACUACAAUGAACUUGGUCCUAAGGGGAUUCGCACGCACUCUAUGCUAGGCUAG